UGAUUGGUCGACGCGGACACAAACAACGCGCUCGGCCAACCAGAGGGUCUUUCAAGCCUCUAGCACGCAGUGCACGCGUUGCGCACAUGAGGCCAAGCUGCAGGUAGCUACCUCAUACUGAAAGUGGGCUGAGUGAGGGGCUGGAGAGGCUGGGAAAUAGUCUAGCAAGCUAUAUAGCUGCUGAGCCCCAUUCAGUGUUUACCACACUUCCUGUAGGCCAACAGGGACAAACACAACAACAACCAGCAGCAACAACAACAACAAUAUAAAGGGGUGAACCUGAGAGAGUGAACAGAUAGGGGUGACACUGAGAAGAGUGACAGUAUAAACCAGAAGACUAGUGGUCUUUUAGCUUACUAACCUACAGCAAGGAUGGUUGUUCUGACAAAGAAGCCCAAGACCUUCGAGAUUGAGUUCCGUGAUCCCAGCAAGGCCUCUUACCGCAGUGGGGAUAAGGUGGCUGGCAGGGUGGUGGUGGAGGUCUCAGAGGUGACCAUAGUGAAGGCUGUGAGACUGUAUGGAGUCGGUUGUGCCAAAGUGGAGUACCACAAGGGAAAACAGCGCUGCAGGGAUGAAAUUGACUACCUGAAGUAUGAAGAGGUCCUUCACCUUGACCAGCAGCCCACAGACAUGGAUGGCUCAAUAACUCUCAGACCUGGAAAUACAUACGAAUACAUGUUUGGAUUCGAGCUACCCCAGCCAGGGCAGUUAGCGUCCUCCUAUAAAGGCAAGUUUGGCUCUGUGGAAUAUUACGUGAAAGCGGUGAUGGAGCGGCCCUCGCAGUCAGGAGGUGCGGAGUGCAAAAAGUGCUUUGAGGUGGAGGAGCCAGUCGACAUCAACACGCUUGAGCUUACAUCUCCAGCCACUGGUGCGAAGGAGAAGAGGUUGACCUGCAUGUUCAUUCCUGAUGGCAGUGUAUCAAUCACUGCUCAGAUCAACCGCAAGGGCUUCUGCGAGGGUGAAGAAAUCAGCAUUGAUGGCAAAUUCGAGAACUCCUGCUCUCGCAUUGUCGUACCAAAGGCUGCCAUCAUUGCUACCCAUACCUACUUGGCCAACGGUCGCAGAAAGGUGUUUCGUGAGAAGAUCUCCGCUGUCAGGGGAAACCAUAUCAUCUCUGGCAUGUGUGACGUGUGGCAGGGCAAGAGCAUUCGUGUGCCCAGACUGAAACCCACCGUCCUGGGCUGCAACAUCAUCCACUUGGACUACACUUUGAUGGUUUACAUGCACAUUCCAGGCAGUGAGAAGCUGAUCCUGGAGCUUCCGCUUGUAAUUGGAACCAUUCCAUUCAAUGGCCUCGCCAGUCGCACCUGCAGCAUGAGCAGCCAGGAUGGCAGCGCAGCCUCCAGCAGUACGGUGUCCAUGCCCUCUGCUCCACCCAGCUACAGCGAGAUCCCUCGGGUCGGCCACCUGGACAGCCCCCUCAUCCCGCUCCUGGAUGAUUAUGAUGAAGACGACUGCCCCAUCUUCAUGAAUGUCGGACAGUACCAUCAUACGCCUCCCCCUGCCUAUACUGAGGUUGGGGAGAACUGCACUGGCAUUAACCUUCAGUUAUGCUAAACAGCUACAGUUACAAGAACAUUAGAAGUGUCAAUGGUGACGCUGAUGAGAGCUGAACCCAGAGUGCAAAAACAAACACUCAUCUUCUACUUCAUCAUCAUCAUCAUCAUCAUCAGCAGCAGCAGCAGCCAGUGAAAGGAGUUUGUUACAGAGAUAUGGUUACUGGGAAGUGCUUGGUGUUAGUAGUAAAUGCUGUUGCAGGUUGGAAAAACUCUUAUUUUAAGUGUAUCAUGCUGUAAAAACCAGAGGAUGCUUUCACUCUUACAGGAAUUACACCCCUGAGAACAACAUUCGACUACCUGUACAGUCUUGCUUUCUUUAUUAUGUCUGGGGUAUCCUCAGUAUUUGAGAUCUGAGAGUUGUUCAGAUAGAAGAUGAGCUUUGCCAUAUUGGUAAAAGGUUAUGUCUGCCUUUUAAUGUCAUUCCAGAUCUGAAUGUAAAUAGCAGUUAUGAGCACUCCUAUUGCUAGUCUGAUCAAUGGAACUAAACUAAACAGUACAUUUUCAGUUGAACUGGUCAAAUUAGGUUCAGAAGACAGUUUUGUAAUGUAAUUGCUGACUGUAUAGCUUUGUAUCAGAGUAAAUGAUUUGAAUUUGUUUUCUGUUUGCGAAGAAAAACGGAAUAUAACACUUCACUUUAACGAUACAACACUUCAUUUCUUCAUUUCCUUUCGUUCUAGAAAUUGUAUUUAGUUGGAAUGCUCUUGGAAUGCACAAAAUAUGGUUGUAAUUUAUCUGUUUAGUUCACUUGUUUGACAGAAUUUGACACUUGUCAUUAAACUAUUUUUGUAUAAAAUAUUUUUAUAUAUAUAUAUAUACACAUAUACUUAGCCUUAAUGGCAUGAUAAAAGUUAAUAAAUAAUCUGAAAUGAAAA